ACAGAAUCAGAAUAAAAAAAGUUCUAACAAGCGCAUAGAAAGAAGAACACUGUGUAGUGUGUAUACCGUCAUUAAGCAUGGAUGCAAGAAGAGGGACAGAAGUCCUGGACACCUGGGAUGCAACACAGUGAGAGCCUCUACUGUAAUAAUUAGAAGCUUCCGAAGAGAAGAACAGAAAAACUGAGUUGUUUAUUUUAACAAGAAUGCAUUUUUCUGAAUCAGGAUUCAGUACUCAAAAGUACUGCUUUUUCCUCCUCCCAAAGUUCCCUUUAUGGAGGAGCACUCUUUCGUCCCCUUCCUUAUCUACUUCACCGAGAGCAGGUUGGCUGGCUGAUCGCAUCGCAUGCUUACAAAAUAGACUUGUUCUUUCGUAGAUUGGUGCAGACAGGCAAACCACCCUCCUAACAUACACGAGACUCCUCAGGCGAUUCCUUGGCCCCCUUACCAGUGAUCCCUCUAACCUCAAUCCCAUGACCAUGAAUCUCACAAGCCCCAAACACUUCCAAGCUCAAUCUGUAUUUGCAUCUAAUGGGGAAUCUGCUUUUCAAGGCAGCACAACCUUCUUCGGGAAAAGCAAAGAUAAUCCCUUUGUAGACACCUUCCCCGACCCACUUUUGAAGCUUAAUCUCAAAGAGACCUCUGAUUUUGUCAAGUCAUUUCCAAUGGCAAACAACAUCACGGAAGAUGGAGGGCUUCUUGAGGUUUCAGCUCAGAGGAAGAGAGAGGGAGUAAGCUCGGUCACUCAGAGGAGAGUGGAGGCUCCUUCGACUCCUGGUAGACCUGUUUUCAGCUUCAGUAUCGGUGAUCAUUUAAGAAAAAACUUCCCUUCAAAGUGGGACAACGCAGAGAAAUGGCUGGUGAGCAGCUCUUGCCAUGACUCUCCUGCCCACUCCAUAAAGCCACCGGAGUCCUCGAAGAUCUGCAGACAGUCUGAUAGGUUUAGGCAACAAGUAGAGGUCUUUGCGGAGAAAUCAAAGGUCAUAGAGGAAAAGGUCUCAAAAGUAGUUUCAAGCUUUCAAGUUUCUACAUCUUUGGACCAUCAUUACUCGGUCAGAGCUCUCAAUGAGGUCUCAGCUUCAACGGAUGUAGUACUAAAAGAUAAGUACACGGACGACAUAGAAACCAUUUUUCCCAAUUUCAGAUACUCAGAGCCCACUGAAGAAGAAUUCUUGUUCAAAAACAAAUUGGCUGGAAGCAUGAAAGAUGCCUGCACAGACGGGGUUUAUGAGGUGCAUCACCGAGAUGCUGGGACGGAGAUGACUCCACUCGGCAGUUCUACUACUUCUAGGUGCCACACGCCAUUCAAGAGCCCAUCCCCUGCCCACCAUAACACGCCUGCAAAUAGGUCAGGGCCAUUGGCCUUGGCGAACUCUGGCAGCGCCGACAGCACCAUUGACGUUGCACAGCUGCAAGAGUGCCAUUUAGCCAAACUACAACUUGGGGCGCAAUACGACUCCGUCGCGUCGAAUUGGAGCUCAAGGGAAGAGGAGGAAGAAGAAGUGUCAAAAAGCCUCAGACAUUUCGAUACAGAAAACAUGAGCAGGAAAAGUGUUUCAGACUCCAGAGCUGCCGCGUGGAAAGAAGAGGAAAAGACCAAGUGCUGCCUCAGGUAUCAAAGAGAAGCAGCAAAAAUUCAAGCUUGGGUGAACCUUCAAAAUGCAAAAGCAGAAGCUCAAUCAAGAAAGCUUGAGGUGAAAAUACAAAGGAUGACAUCAAACUUGGAAGAGAAGUUGAAGAAGAGAAUGGCAGUUGUUCAUAGAAAAGCUGAAGAAUUGAGAUCUGCAGCCCAGCAGCAACACUCGGAGCACAUGCAGAAAGCCAGUGAACAAGCAUGUAAGAUGAUGAACCGGCAUAACUCCCAUUUUCCUGGCCACAACUCCUGUGGUUGCUUUCCUUGCAAUAACUACCAUUGAGCAUUAAACAAAAGACAAAUUCCCCAUUGUGCAGUGUGCAUUUCAAGUCUUUUAAUGAAGAGAAGACUACUGGUUGAGUAAAAUUGAUGUUCCUUUUUUUCUUUUUCCUUUUCUUUUUCUGUUUUUGGGAGGGAGGUUGUUUGAAGAUUAGCCCACCUAUCAAUCCUCUCAUAAAAAAUAAUUAUAAAAAAACGCUUUACAAACCUUUAGCUCUAGAUUUAAUGGCUUUCCAAUGUCUAAUUCUCAAUCCAGCCCGGAAAUUAAAACCAAUAUUCCAUAUACAUUGGGACCAGGAUGCAAUCAAGUCGAAAAAACACAAAAAGCACGAGAGAGAGAGAGAGAGAUAAUAAAUGAGUAAAGAAGCCGCAGACCAAACACGCACAGGAAGUAUGUAAAGCAGACCAGAGCUCCCCAGAAGUUGCAAUUCUUUCUUUGGGGUCCAUCUUUUGCUUGUUUCAUCCACCACCGUCUCAGACAAUUAAAUCUACUAUUUUGGCGUUUCUUUCCGCCUCUCUUUCCGUAAAGAAAAUUGACAUGAGAAGCUUGCAAAGAAAACAGCGGUGUCACUUGUUCAUGUU